AUGCAGGCUCCAAUGUGCUCAGAAGAAUGGCUGUCAUCUCUGCACCCAGAGCUCUUCUAUGGCCUCCGGAAGCUACAGACCUUGCAUUUACGGUCCAACUCCCUGCGGACUAUCCCAGUACGCCUGUUCUGGGACUGUCGUAGUCUGGAGUUUCUGGAUUUGAGCACAAACCGUUUGCGAAGUUUGGCUCGCAAUGGAUUUGCAGGAUUAAUCAAACUGAGAGAGCUUCACCUAGAGCACAACCAGCUGACGAAGAUUAAUUUUGCUCAUUUCCUACGGCUUAGCAGUCUGCACACACUCUUCUUGCAAUGGAACAAAAUUAGCAACUUGACAUGUGGGAUGGAGUGGACCUGGGGCACUUUAGAAAAGCUAGACCUGACUGGAAAUGAAAUAAAAGCCAUCGACCUGACAGUGUUUGAAACGAUGCCUAAUCUUAAAAUACUCCUCAUGGAUAACAACAAGUUAAACAGCCUUGAUUCCAAGAUCUUAAACUCCCUGAGAUCCCUCACAACCGUUGGCCUCUCUGGCAAUCUGUGGGAAUGCAGCCCUCGAAUAUGUGCUUUGGCCUCCUGGCUGGGCAGUUUCCAAGGUCGGUGGGAGCAUUCCAUCCUAUGCCACAGCCCCGACCACACCCAAGGAGAGGAUAUACUAGAUGCAGUCCACGGAUUUCAGCUCUGCUGGAAUUUAUCAACCACUGUCACCGCCAUGGCUACAACUUAUAAAGAUCCAACCACUGAAUAUACAAAAAGAAUAAGCUCAUCAAGUUACCAUGUGGGAGACAAAGAAAUCCCAACUACUGCGGGCAUAGCAGUUACUACUGAGGAACACUUUCCCGAACCAGACAAUGCCAUCUUCACUCAGCGGGUAAUUACGGGAACAAUGGCUUUAUUGUUUUCUUUCUUUUUUAUUAUUUUUAUAGUGUUCAUCUCCAGGAAGUGCUGCCCUCCCACUUUAAGAAGAAUUAGGCAGUGCUCAAUGAUUCAGAACCACAGGCAGCUCCGAUCCCAAACACGACUCCAUAUGUCAAACAUGUCAGACCAAGGACCAUAUAAUGAAUAUGAACCCACCCAUGAAGGACCCUUCAUCAUCAUUAAUGGUUAUGGACAGUGCAAGUGUCAGCAGCUGCCAUACAAAGAAUGUGAAGUAUAA